AUGACAAGUAUCAUUCAUUCGCCGCCUUUCACGUUCCUCGUCGGCCCCGCUCAUACGAAACUGACCAUCCAGUCUGGCCUGGCCAGACAUGUCUCCCGGCCGCUCGAUGAGCUGAUGAACAACGGCCAUACGCGCGAGUCUCGACAUCAUAUCGCCGUUCUGGAAGAGGAGGACGUCGAAACCUUUGUUGGUUUCUGCGAAUUUGCCUACACUGGAGACUAUUCCGUACCAACUCGCCGUCUAGAUUCCAACACGACAGCUCCCCGUGGCGUGGCCUUUACGGACUCCCCUAUGGGCAUGGGCAUCCCUCCACCUGCUCCAUCUCCCCCACGAAGCCCAGGCUUGGGAGAUGUACCAGAUGAAUAUCGCACAGAAAUCAGCAAUAACACUGGCAUACAAGACGACGAUCCUGAAGUGGCCCUGGAUUCAGAAAAGAAAGGAAAGAAGUCCAAGAACAAGAAGAAACAGAAAGCUGGAAAGGCUUUCGAAGACGGCGGUGCAUUGACUCCUCCCAGUACGCCGCCACCAUCUAUGGGCGACGAUCAAGUCGGACAAGGCAACGAAACGAAAGCUACCCCCGAAGGUAAUGAGGGGGAAGCCCAAGCGAGUGAGGAUUGGUAUGAACAAGAUCCUACAAGCAAGGAAUGUAACCAGGCCUCGCAACCAAAGGCCUUUCACCCAGUUCCUCAGAAUCCUUUCUUCCUCUCUCGACGCUCCAGUGUGAAUCUUUGGGACGAGUUCACCUCGCUGCAGUAUACCCAUCAGCCGCAAAACACAGCGAUGGGCCUUCCUUCUCCCAUACUACGCAGCGUUUCUAUUUAUGCUGGCGAGUCCUCUGGCCUGGACCCUUACGUUCUCUUUCAUGCAAAGCUCUACGUGUUCGCAUCCCGCUACCUUAUCCCGACCCUCGCCCAGCUCUGUCUUAUCAAGCUACACCGUGACUUGGUUCAUUAUCCCCUGACUACAGCUUCCCUCGACAGCUGCCGCCCUACCAAUAUACCGAUGAUCUUAGAGCUACUGCAUUUCUCCUAUAUAAACACGAAACGCGAUGAUCCAGUUCUCCCCACCCCCAGUGUUCUUUCAAGUUCAGAAAACCAACUCCGCAAACUUGUCACACACUUUGCAGCUUGCAAAGUCCGCGAGCUUGCUGGCUACCAGUCAUCCAUUAGCUCUCCCACAUCUUAUGGCGAUACGGGUAAGGACGGCGGUUUUCCUGGAUUGACCAUUCCCCCACAUCUUGGAUUCCGCGACCUACUAGACGGCAUUAGCGAACUUGCUUCCGACCUCGUAUAUCGCAUGAUGUGA